AUGUCCAGACAGAAAUUUCAGGUCCCGGAGGCUGGACAGCUGUUCAGACAUAAACUCCGAAGAAGGUUGUCUGGACAGGAAGUCCAAAAAUCAGUGAUUUUUGGACCGACGUCCCAUAGGGAUAAUCAGGGGUCUACAAGUGCCACGACUCUGCGUGACCGGUUGAUACCAGAGGAAGCUGUGAGACUGCAGCUAGAGAUCAUCCAUUAUCUUCAAGGCAUAUGCGACUUGAUGAUCUCUUUCGAUGGUGGAAAAAUUCGAAAACUCAAGGGCAUAUACACAAUUCAUAUCACCACGUCAGAAUGUCGAGGCUUCCUGAUGGAUCUGAAUGAUGCAUCUCAUAUCAGUCACACUGCAAAGUACAUUGUGGAGAUACUCAGGCCAGUUAUCGAGAGCGUUGGCACAUCCAAUAUCUCGACGGUGGUGUCAGACAACACAGAAAACACAUGCAAGGCAUGCAAGAUGAUAUGCGAGUUGUUCGGGCAUAUAUUGAAUCUGCAAGACUGUUGUCACGAAAUGAACCUGGCUCCAUUACAGAUUGGUGAGCUGCCAGAAUUCACAUCUGUGCAUGAUGAUAGAAUGAUUGCUGAUCUGAAGGCAAUUUUGCUGUUCAUGCACAAAUCAACCUACACUGCGGAACACUUCAAGGAUGCCCGUGCGGCUUUUAACAUCAAGAAUGGCCUGACAACAAUUGAAGAAACACACUUCAGUACAUAUACAUGGGCGGCAAUCUCAGUGUGCGACUGCUUACCUGCGUUCCGUGAUAUCACCAGCAAGCCUGAAUUGGGUAUUAUCAUUGACUCUAAGAGAGAUGUAUUCAGGCAGAAUAGCUAUGACACAAUCGAGUUUGAGUAUAAUCUCACAAGAUUUAUUGCACUUACAAGUCCUUUCGCGAAGGCUAUCAAGUGUCUUGAGUCAUCUCACUCAACCAUUGCUGAUGUUUACUUGUUCUUAAGGCUCCAACUAUUUAUACUAUUUACACUCCUGAGUCUCAAGAGUGAUGAGCUUCAUGCUGCCAUGAAACUCAGGAAUCCUCAUCUUGCACACUUGACACCAGCUCAAGCCUUAAAAGGCCUGCAAUCUGAACUGCGAGCAUAUGCAAAGAAGCACGAACCGUUUGACAAGCCACUUCGUGAUGGACAGAGCAUGUGA